AUGAGACUUUCCUCUUUACCACUGAGAAGAAACACCGGUCAGAGGAUAUGGAAAAGCAAUGUUUGUUCAGUGCGUGGGAGACAUGCUUCUACUGAAGCAAAUGGAUCCCAAAAGCCUGUUCUACAUCAUACAAGUCUGUCCACGGCCUCGACCAAACUUCGUGAUGCCGGCCCUGUCAGAACUCGUUUUGCUCCGUCCCCAACAGGUAAUCUACAUUUAGGGUCCCUAAGAACGGCACUCUGCAAUUUCUUGCUUGCAAAGGCUACUGGUGGCCAGUUUCUUUUACGAAUUGAAGAUACGGAUACGGAUAGAACUGUCCCCGGAGCUGAAGAACGCCUGCUUAGAGAUCUGGAAUGGGCUGGCAUUCAGUGGGAUGAAGGGCCAAAAGUAGGUGGACCAUUUGCGCCAUACAAGCAGUCGGAACGAAAAGCAAUGUAUUGGGAACAUGCCCAAACACUGAUCGAGGCAGGUUUAGGUUACAGAUGCUUUUGUUCCUCCCGAAGACUCCAUGACCUACGGGUUUACCAGAGCAGCAAGGGUCUUCCACAAGCCUACGAUGGAACCUGCAGGCAUAUCAUAAAAGAACAAUCUGACGAGAUGGCAUCGAGAGGCCAAGCUCACGUGAUCAGAUUGAAAGUCCCCGAGAAAUGGCCAGGCUUUCAGGAUGAAGUGUAUGGUCGCAUUAGUCCAAAAGUGUGUCACGACCCUCGAUCAGAAUACAAAGAAAACCAAGAUCCAAUCAUGGUAAAAUCGGAUGGAUUCCCAACCUACCAUCUGGCAAACGUCGUGGAUGACCAUUUCAUGAAGAUUACACAUGUUGUUCGUGGAUCCGAAUGGAUCCCAUCAACUCAUAUGCAUGUUGCUAUGUAUAAAGCCUUUGGAUGGGAGCCGCCUACUUUCGCACAUGUUGGUCUACUCUUGGACAAAGAUCGAAAGAAGCUCAGCAAACGGGACGGAGCCAUAGAUAUAGCAACCUAUCGAGAUGCAGGGUAUUUCCCUGAAGCAAUAACCAAUUUUGUCGCCCUUCUCGGAUGGUCCCACGAUCGGACAUACGACAUAAUGAGUAUGCAAGAGCUUAUAGACAAUGCAAGCAUGAAAUACACCCGAGGUGACUCUGUCGUAACAUUUGCGAAACUCAACUUCAUGCAAAGAAAACACGCCGCAAGAUAUAAGGAAUUACGAAAAUCAGAUGAGCCCAUUCUACCUUUUCAAGAUCUCUUGGAAUUAACUGCAAAGCCAGUCCUCAAGUGUAUGAAAAGUCUUCCAAAUUUUGAAGACUUGACAUUUUACAAUUGUGAGGACAACGAUGCCGCAAAGGCGAAUUACAUACUUUCCAUAACCUGCGCAGGUAUUCAAAAUUACACCCUCCCCGAGACCUUCUACCCAAGCCACAAAUACUUCUUCGCAGCCCCCACACCCCAAGAACUCGAUUCCAAAACCCCACCCCACAAACUCCACGACGCCCCUCAAGGAGUAAUUCACCCCGUCCCCGACGACUUCUCCACAUCCUUCGAAGGCUUUUCCUCGAUCGCCGCCGAAAAUUGGAACGCAGGAGAGCUCAGAGGUUUUACAAAUCUCAUCAUUAAUCAAGGAACUAUGAUGAGCACCGCAGAACUUACGGCCAUUAAAGUGUAUAGUGAGCCUGCACAGAAGGUCAUCGAGAAGAGUUGGACAAAACUCGUGCAUGGGUAUAUUAGGUGGGCGAUUGCGGGGGGCCUGAGUGGACCGGAUAGUACGGAAAUGAUGGCGAUUUUAGGCAGAGAGGAGACGCUUGAAAGGUUGAGGGUUGCGAAGAAGAUUAUGGAGGAUCAUUUGAGGAUAAAGGCACUUGCGGAGAACUCGAAAAUCUCGGAAUAG